GGUUCGAACUCUGCGACACUGUAAUAACCAUAGUUGAUCUGCCAAUAGUUUUGCUUGAUUGAAUUCAUUAAUAGUAGCCAAUUGUUUCAAUCAGAGAUUGGAUACAUGUUAUACAGUAUAUUGUGAAAGAAGAUCAAAUUAACUUUUUAGCGUAAUAUAAGUUUUCAAGCUUUCAAGAAAGAAGUUUUAUUAACGUUUUAGCAUAAUAAGUUUUCAAGUUAUCAUGAGAGGAGUAUGGGAGUGUACAAGUCUAUAGAAAUAUAGAAAUAAAGUCUAUAGAUAGUCUAUAGAAAUAAGCUGAAGAUUCAAUUGAUUCAACAUUGAACACUGAGUUUCCGUUGACUUUCAAGUCUAUCCUUGGACAACGUACUUUCAUAUACAAUGACAGCACUAUCUCAACCAUUGGAUAGGAAACUAUCCAUCACUAUCUUUAUAAUACUGGUAUUCCAUUUCGUCUCUUCAAAUGGUUUUCCAGCGUCCGAGAUUGGAGAUUCAAUACCUGUCAAACGACAAAACUUUCAAGGAUUGUACAUGUGCCACGACAAUGGCCAAUGUCCGGCCAAUCAUUGGUGUCACGAGAAGCGCUGUGAACUCGCCUGUUCGAGCAUGGACUGUCAACAGCAGUUGCCCCCCAACGGAAUCUGCAUUACUAAGCACCAUGAACCGACGUGUGUCUAUCCCAGUUGAGCACCCAAAACGCAACAAAACAACCAGAUUAAUCACCCAAAACGCAACAAAACAACCGGAUUAAUCACCCAAAACAACCAUUACUAUAGUGAGGUCCACGUUAUAAUGACAGUGGAUUAUGAUAGAAGAAUAGCGAUGCCGAUUCUCUGCAUUAAUUAAUUAUAUUUCUACACUGUCAAAAACAUAAUUGGCAUCGUUGUGGACCUAGAAAAGGAUAGUACCACCGGCUUCGUCGAAUGAUUGACAAGGAUAGCAAAACCCAAGUUGAUCAAAUACUGUCAUUAUAACAUGGACCUCAUUAUAGUGUCCUCAAUCGUGUCCAAUGUAUACAGUCAGGUCCACGUUAUAAUGGCAGUGCUUGAUUGACAAUGGUAUUGCUAUCUUUGUCUAUCAUUCAACAAAGCGGAUAGCGCUAUCUCUUUCUCGCUUUGCUCUGUUGCCGGAUCGUCUUUCAACAAUGGAGAAUUAAUAAUUAAUUAACAAAAUAUUUCAUCUUAAUUAUGAAAAUUCAUUAUGAAGUUAUUGAAAAAUAUAAUUUCUUGCUUAGUAAUAUAUAAUUGAUUAUUUUAAAUGAGAAUGAACAGUUAAAUAUUACAUCAAUAAACCUGUAUCAGCUAUCGUAUUUAGAAGGCAUUGACAAGACGAGGAUUGGCAACGUUGUUCUCCUAUCUUUCUCCACUGCCAUUAUAACGUGGACCUCACUAUAGUUCUAUUUUUUCUAUCCAAUGAUGAAAGCUAUCAUGUCCAAUAAACGUGAUUAUCCCUUCAAAAUUGAUUGAGAGUUCCCGGUAUGGAGAACUCGUUCGAAAUACCGAUGAUAUUGUCUCAACUGUUUUAUUGAGAGAAGUCAAGAGAAAUAGUUCAAGUCUCAUUAGGUGUAGCCUAUUCACGAUUUUGAUAUAGCCAGGUAACUCAAGCCACCGUAUUAGUUUUUUUGAAUCAGAUGCUAUAAUUUUUCUGUAAUAAUUGCAUUGAUUUAGCAAAUGGUAGGAUUUUUUCAAAAUUGUGAAUACCCCUAUUGUGUUAUUCAUUGCAUGAAAUUACUAAUUCAUAUUCAGUGAACUAUUCACAUGUUCCAAUUUCCAUCGGAUUAUGCUCGUGCGGCCCGAGGGGCGAUGCGUUCAUGCGUUUUUUCAACUUGAUCUGCAGGAAACCUUACAAUUCUGAGCCAUUAAAAAUAUAAAAGAUCUCACAAUAGCUUAUAGAUUAUACCAGUUCACAAUACAGUGAAUAUAAUAAUUGUGAAAGUGCAUUAUGUAAUGAAUGUAUCACAAUAAUUAUGUGAUACAUUCAUUACGGAUUGGAGUAAUUUUAUAACAAUAAUACCACCGUUGCAUCUUC